GUGAAUUAUUUAAAAUAAAUAAAAUUUAUAUAAUUCAAAUACACAUUUUUCAAUGUAUACACAGAAAUUUAUUUUAAUUAAAUCUUACUUGUUUCAAGUAAAUGAUAAGUGUAUUUUAAGGCUAUUCAUCAAAGAGAUAUUCUUUGUAAAGAUAACCGUUACUUAAAAAAAGAAAACAUUGUGUCAAUUUACCAUUGUUAAAAAUAGAAUUUACAAGAGUUCAAUCUAACAAACAUAAUGCUGUCUCAACUUGUUCCAAGUUAGUCUAAAUUAAUUGUUGCAACGAUAACAUGAUUGUAAUAUCAAAACAUUUGAUUGAGUAUUUAUUACACAAAAUACUCAUUUCAAAAAAAAGUAUUUCUACGUUACAAGAUACAUUUUUUUAAAUAUUUAUAUUUUUAAUUUCUAUUUCAGCUAUUGCUCAACAUUCAAACAAUUUUGCAUGUAUUUAUUACUCAUAAAUAAUGAUAAAAUAAUUCACAAAGUACAAAUAAGAUAUUAAAAUAGAGUAUUACGUUGCAAUUUUAUCUUCAUAUACUAUAUACAUAUAUAUCACGUUUCUACUAAAUAUAAUAAAAUAAAAAAAAUAAACAUCAUGAAAAAUAAAAUUAAAUAAACUCUGUGUGUGUGUGUAUACAUGUGCAAAACUUUGAACAAAAUAUUUGAAAUAAAUGUAAAGAAAGUGUCUUCUAUCAGAUAAUACAGUGUAUUGAUUCAAAUAUUAAUGAGUAUAAGUAUACAGCCACACAAAAUUUAAAAAAAUGAUCUGUACCAUGGACCAGACUAUGAUAUCCUUAUGUAUUUUGACCCAUUAAACACAAAUCUGGUAUCAGAAUUACCUCAUCAUUCGCCAUUUUAUACAUGCAGAGAAAUUAUUGCAAUUUUCAGAGUUUUUAUUUUAUUACAGAGGCAACUUUUAAUAAAUUAAAAAAAAGAUAUGAUGAAUAUUGGGACAAUUCUGACAUCAUAUUUUUGUUCAGCAGCUCAAAAUACAUAAAGAUAUUAUGCAUGGUCUAAUCAGUGCCAUCAGUGGUACAAAUCUUUUUUCUUUAUUUUGUGACUGAUGACUUAAUGUUUCAUAUAUUUUGUAUUAAUCCAUGUUUUCAAUGUAAUAUUCAUUAAAUACUUCAAUGCAUAUAAAUGCAAUAUAAUCGUUUGAAAAAUUGAAUCUUGUUCAAAUUGAUCUUAAUGAUCCGAUUUUACGCCGGGUCUACAAUGAGUCGUAAGUCGUUGAUCGUAAGAAAUCUAGCCAAUCAUAGUCGAUCUUAGAGAAGAAAAGCGAACAUGAUUGGUUAAAUUUCUUACGACUAACAAUUAACAACUCAUUGUAGACCCGGCGUUAGACAUUGCGCUGUCGGAGAUGUUUAUUAAUUUCUGAGAAAUAAGAGGAAUGCCGUUAUGCCUCUUUAUGAGAUUUAUACCAGCAUAUCGAUAACUUUCCUCUGUUAUAAUUUACAAAUAAAAGAAUACCUUUUUUAAUCCGUUUUUUUUAUCGUUUUACUCGCUAUUUAUUUCUAAUUAUUAACUCAAUAAUAUUUGUUGAAAAGGUAGAGACGUAACCUGUACGCGUUAGAUCCUCAAAUUGAAUUAAAUUGAGACUCUUGGCGCGAAUUCAUUAAGCUGAAACAACUCACGUUAUUUGAUCGAUAGAUUUCCGCACGAUUGUUGCUUUUUCACGAUCGCAAUCACUUUCUCUCGCACUCUAUCCCACUCUCGCUUCCGGCGCGUCGCGAUGCGAUCACCAUGGUUUAAUGGUUUCGCGCUCGCUCGCACAGGUGCCGCAUUCACCUUGCGCGCGCACGCGCGUGCGCCACGGACGCAUGCACGUUUCAGCAAAUUGUCAUGAACUAAAUGCCACGAGAGAUUCGUAAGCAUGCCGCGUGGGGCGCCGGUGUCGCAAGUGCGACCUGUCGAGGCGGAUGAAUGGCGUAUUUAUUGUGUUUUAACGCGACGUUGCCUAUGUUCCGGUACCAUCGCGGCAUCACGCGUUCGCACCAGCCGAGCUGCCUGAGCUAUCCGAGGAGCACGUUUCUCAGCGCACGUUUUCGCUGAUCCCAACCCGGCGGACUCCGGCGGAGCCGUGUCGCAGACGUCGUAUCGUCGCUCGCGGGACGAUGUUCACUAAGAAGAAAAAGAAACCACAGAUCUCUACCCCGACCAACUUUGAGCACAGAGUACAUACUGGAUUCGACAAACGCGAGGGCAAGUUCGUUGGGCUGCCACUACAAUGGGCUUCCAUAGUCGGAAACAACCAGAUUCUGAAGUCAAGCAACAGACCACUGCCUUUAGUUGAUCCAAGCGAGAUCACGCCUACUGAGAUCCUUGACUUGAAGACCAUUGUAAGAGGCCACAAUGACCCUAGGAUAAGUAGACCACUUGCUACUGACAGAACCGUAGAGAAUGGCCUGCCCAAGAUCAGUACGGUUGCCCGUUCCAAUUCUCUACGUUCUUCAAGUCCACCACGACUUAGGAGAGAUUACAGGCAUAAUAGCAACCUGCCACCAUCCGUUCCUGAAGGUCAAGAGAUACCUUCAAAUAUUAAUCAGGGCUUCAUAAACUUUGGCAAACCACAUAACUACAUGGAUAAACUAAGGCAAAAUUCCCCGAGUGUUGGCAGUGGACUAAAUUCCAUGAUCCCAAAUCUUCAAAAUCUCAAUCCUAAUAUGCAAUCUUCGCCAAAUUUAGCUCACUCGGGCUCAAAUGUACCAAAUCUAUCUUUAAAUUUCCAAAACUUAAGUCCUAUUGUAAAUUCACAAGCUCCAGUACAAAGUCCAAAUACGCCACAACUUCUUGAUACAGAAUUGCAUAGAUUAAAUUCGCAAAUGGCCAUGGCAUCAAGUCAAUAUAAUGGCAAUGUACAGGGUUCAACUGUAGAAGCACCAAGGGAACAUCAAGUUGGCCAAAAUGUCUUAUUACACAAGCUACAGCCAAAAAUUUCACCAGUGGGCUCAAUAGCCUCACAACGACCUCUGAGUCAAUUGAGUUCACAUAAUGUUAAUAAAUAUCCUCAGACAUAUAUGUCUGAAAAUACAUCUAAUCUUCAAUCGUAUUUGAAAAAACCGAUGGAAACUUCCCAAUCAAUGCAUAAUUUAUCAAAGCCAAACUUACCAUCCGGAGUGUCAGGAACCAAUUCUACUCCAGAUCAAAAUCAAAAUAUGAAAAGUGCUGUCUCCUCGGGAAACUUAGCAGUUGCGAGUUCAAACAAUACUAAUAAACAAACGGAGCAGAGACUUACACACGAACAAUUCCGGGCUGCUUUACAAAUGGUGGUCAGCCAAGGUGAUCCAAGAGAAAAUUUAGAGAAUUUCUUGAAGAUUGGCGAAGGUAGCACAGGAACUGUAUGCAUAGCUACAGAUAAGAGUACAAACCGUCAAGUUGCAGUCAAGAAAAUGGAUUUAAGGAAACAGCAAAGACGCGAAUUACUUUUUAAUGAAGUCGUUAUUAUGAGGGACUACCAUCAUCCAAACAUAGUUGAGAUGUAUAAUAGUUUCUUGGUGGAUGAUGAAUUAUGGGUAGUUAUGGAAUAUCUAGAAGGAGGUGCAUUAACCGAUAUCGUAACGCAUUCAAGAAUGGAUGAAAGUCAGAUAGCUACAGUGUGUUCUCAAUGUCUUAAGCCACUGGCAUAUUUACACUCACAAGGUGUUAUACACAGGGAUAUUAAGUCUGAUUCAAUAUUACUUACGGCGGAUGGUAGAGUAAAAUUGUCAGAUUUUGGUUUUUGUGCUCAAGUUUCUCAAGAAUUACCAAAGCGAAAGUCUCUUGUUGGAACUCCAUACUGGAUGAGUCCGGAAGUUAUUUCAAGAUUGGCAUAUGGACCUGAAGUAGAUAUCUGGUCAUUAGGAAUCAUGAUCAUUGAAAUGAUCGACGGUGAGCCACCAUUUUUCAAUGAGCCACCUCUACAAGCUAUGAGACGCAUCAGGGAUAUGCCACCACCAAAAUUAAGAAAUUUUCAUAAAGUUAGUCCACGUCUUCAAGGUUUCCUUGAACGAAUGCUUGUGCGUGAUCCAGCGCAACGAGCCACGGCAGCUGAAUUAUUACAACAUCCAUUCCUUAGGCAGGCUCAAAGUCCUAGUAUCUUGAUUCCCUUAAUGAGAGGCGCCAGACACACAAAUUGUUGACGAGGUUAUACUUUCGUAAGCUAGAAUAUUAGCCAAGACAGAUAUUUCAUUUUCAAAAUAAUCAUAUUCUCGACAAUGUUGUGCUAAAUUGCUUAUUCACUAAUGGCAGCUUUCGGCAGUUGAGUUAUUUUACAAGUUUGACUCUCAUAUAGAGGAUUUAUAAAUUUUUUUUACGAGAGACGACCGAUUGAGAGAUAAUGACAAUAUUAACGAAAAUUCAUACACCUACCAAUUUUAAAUAUUAUAUAACGCUUCAGAAUUUUUCAAUUUUAAAUGUAAAUUGGCAUAAUUUUUUUAAGUCAAAGACAAUGUUAUUUCAUUAUUCGCAGAUUUUUUUCAUAAAAUUAUAAGCUAUAAUAUUUAUAUAUAAAUAAAUGAGGCCUUUCGGUCGUGCCUAAUAUACGUAUAUAAUAUAUAUGAAUUUAUAGCUAUAUUUUAACAAAUAUUAAAUUAAAAAAGUCUUCAAAUGAUCAUUAUUCAAUAACGAUCAUAUUCAAAGCUUACAUUCCAAUCCGGACUGAAUUUGUACAUUCCAGAGUAUUGUUUAAUAUGUAUUAUUUUAAUAAUUUAACAAAUGCAUUUAUGAAAAAUGAUAUAUCAAACAUUAUUCCUCGAUUAUUGGCACUGUCAAUGUUCGCAAUAGUAAGAUCUAUUAUUUUACCUAUAACAGAGAAUUUUUAUUUUGAAAUAUUUGUAAAAUACAAUUUCACACCCAAGUGCCUUUAUGAUUAGCACUAAAUAAUUUGUCAUUAUAAAACACAGUCUACAGCAGUAGUGGAUUUUCGAUGAUUAAAUCACUUUAAAU